AUGACACCGUCAAAUGGCAACGGCGGUGCUAAGCGUGAAAUGUAUAGAUCGAAAUGCGUCUUUAAUGGAAUAUAUGAAUCGAAACUCGGCCGCAAUCAAGGUUUCUGUCUUUAUGACGAGUAUCGGUGGGAUCGAUUACCUGAUAGGAGCGAAGGUAGAUCCACUCGCUCGGAUGACAUUAGUCAGAAUAUGCAAGACCUUAAUAUUAAGGACGACAUUAAGGCGGUUCGUCAGAUAAUCGCUUAA